AUGGAAGAUCAAGAACUAAUUGCAUUAAAAGAUUUAAGAGAUAAGCUCCUUGUAAAAGCAAGCAAUUUACUUGAAAAAUUAAACAAGCAGGAAGGAAGUGAUCAACAAUCUGUUAAACUGAAAUUACCUGAUACAAUAACAAAUAAUAAUAACAAAAAAGAAAUGUUGCCAGAAUACGAUAUACUAUAUAAAGUUUCUCAACAAAUCACUGGCAUAACAUUUGAAAAUACUGAAAGAGAAUGGUUACACAAUAACAUUUAUCAAUAUACAACUACUUUGGUAACAAAAGUUUUACAAAUCUACGUAGUAUUACAAGUGAAGUUGGAGGGAGAAAUAGAGUUUGAAAUUGACGAUAUAACAUGUCAUUUUAUACAUAUUGACAAAUGUUAUAUGUUGGAGAUUGGUACAUGGGUACAAAAGAUCACUAAAAUGAAAAAUUUUUCACUUCUUACUUCUGCAAUCUCACAAUAUAAUGAGCAAAAUGUGUUGAGACAAAGGCUGCUAAAUAAAUUAAAAAUUGAAAAAUAUGCAAGCUAUGAACAAUGUACCGAUAAAAAUGGUGGAAUUGUUAUACAUAUUCAUUCACCUAACAAUUUGCAGAAAAUAUAUUUGAUAUUUCACUGGUCAUUAAUGUUUUUAGAACGUACUUGGCACAUUGAACACCAUUUUCUCAUAAACCCUACCGAAGCAGAAACCACAUUUGCAAAAAACAAUCGAAAUUUAUUAGAACAGUUUUGCGAAGCAAGUCUUUCAAAACAGAAUCUUAUUGUUUUAUGGAGUCAACUCUGUUCUGCUAUUAAUUCAUACGAAGGUAAUACUUCAUCUGAAAUAGACUACAGUGAGGAGUAA